AUGGCGACGACCUCGAACAUGUUCCUGUACUCGCUGACCCUUCAGCCGCCUACCAACGUCACCCAGGCGGUGUUGGGUCAGUUCUCGGGAACGAAGGAGCAAAACAUUGUGACGGCGUCGGGAUCACGGUUGACACUGCUCCGCCCAGACCCGUCGCAAGGCAAGGUAAUCACCGUGCUCUCACACGACAUUUUCGGCAUCAUCCGAUCCAUGGCCGCGUUCCGGCUGGCUGGGAGCAACAAGGACUACCUCAUUCUCGCGACUGACUCUGGAAGGAUCACCAUCAUCGAGUACAUUCCCGCGCAGAAUCGGUUCCAGCGUCUUCAUUUGGAGACAUUUGGCAAGUCUGGAGUGCGACGUGUCAUCCCCGGGGAAUAUCUAGCUUGCGAUCCUAAGGGCAGAGCGUGUUUGAUUGCCUCGGUCGAGAAGAACAAACUUGUCUACGUUCUCAAUCGCAACUCACAGGCCGAGCUCACAAUCUCGUCGCCUCUGGAAGCACACAAGCCCGGCGUUCUGGUGCUGUCCAUGGUCGCUCUGGAUGUCGGCUACGCGAACCCGGUCUUUGCCGCGCUCGAAAUCGAGUACACAGAAGCAGACCAAGAUCCCACAGGGGAGGCGGCUCGAGAAGCGGAGACUCAGCUUGUGUACUACGAGUUGGACCUUGGACUGAACCACGUCGUCCGGAAAUGGUCCGAAUCCGUCGACCCCACGGCGUCGAUGCUCUUCCAGGUGCCAGGUGGUCAAGACGGUCCUAGUGGCGUCUUGGUCUGCGGAGAGGAAAACAUCACAUACAGGCAUUCGAACCAAGAAGCCUUCCGCGUACCAAUCCCGCGUAGACGUGGUGCAACGGAAGACCCUUCGAGAAAACGUCACGCUGUCUCCGGUGUGAUGCACAAGCUCAAAGGCAGUGCCGGCGCCUUUUUCUUUCUCCUGCAGACCGAAGACGGCGAUCUCUUCAAGGCCACCCUCGACAUGGUUGAGGACACCGACGGGAAUCCCACCGGCGAAGUCAAGAGGCUCAAGAUAAAGUACUUCGAUACCAUUCCGGUCUCAUCGAGCUUGUGCAUUCUCAAGAGUGGUUUCCUGUAUGCUGCUAGUCAGUUCGGCAACCACCAAUUCUACCAGUUCGAGAAGCUUGGGGACGACGAUGACGAGCUGGAGUUCUCGAGCGACGACUUCCCUACGGAUCCCAAGGCUGGAUAUGAUGCUGUUUACUUUCACCCGAGACCCUUGGAGAACCUUGCCCUCGUUGAGAGCAUUGACUCCAUGAACCCUCUGCUCGACUGCAAGGUUGCAAACCUUACCGGCGAGGACGCACCUCAAAUCUACACUGCCUGCGGCAACGGUGCUCGCAGCACGUUCAGGAUGUUGAAGCAUGGCUUGGAAGUCAAUGAGAUUGUCGCUUCAGAGCUACCCGGUAUCCCCUCAGCCGUGUGGACACUGAAGUUGAACCGCGGCGACCAGUACGACGCCUACAUUGUCCUGUCUUUCACAAACGGAACUCUCGUCCUAAGCAUUGGCGAGACUGUCGAGGAAGUCAGUGACUCCGGCUUCCUGACGUCUGUGCCUACUCUGGCGGCACAGCUGCUCGGUGAAGAUGGCCUCAUUCAGGUUCAUCCCAAGGGCAUUCGUCACAUUCGACACGGCCAUGUCAACGAGUGGGCAGCGCCACAGCAUCGGUCCAUCGUCGCUGCUACGACAAAUGAGCACCAGGUUGCUGUCGCCCUCAGCUCGGGUGAGAUCGUCUACUUCGAAAUGGACGGCGAUGGAUCUUUAGCUGAGUAUGACGAGAAAAAAGAGAUGUUCGGAACCGUUACCUGUCUGAGCUUGGGCGAAGUUCCGGAAGGACGCCUGCGAAGCUCUUUUUUGGCCGUUGGUUGCGAUGACAGCACCGUGCGCGUGCUGUCGCUGGACCCUGAGUCGACGCUCGAGAGCAAGUCAGUGCAAGCUUUGACUGCUCCUCCGUCGUCCUUGGCAAUCAUUGCCAUGGACGACUCCUCAUCUGGCGGAUCAACUCUAUAUCUUCAUAUCGGCCUCCACUCUGGUGUCUACCUUCGUACAGUGUUAGACGAAAUCACCGGAGAACUGACGGACACGAGACAAAAGUUCCUGGGUCCCAAGCCGGUGCGGUUGUUCCAAGUUACUGUCCAAGGAAGGACUUGUGUUAUAGGGUUGAGCUCACGUCCGUGGCUUGGAUACUCCGACCCCAUCACCCGAGGCUUCUUGGUUACGCCCUUGAACUACGUUGACCUUGAAUGGGUCUGGAACUUCAGCAGUGAGCAGUGCGAAGAAGGUGUUGUUGGCAUCCAAGGCCAAUCGUUGAGGAUUUUUGCAAUUGAGAACCUCGGAGAUACUAUUACACAAAAGUCGAUACCCCUUAGCUACACUCCGAGACGUCUUCUCAAGCACCCCGAGCACCCCAUGUUUUACACUAUCGAGGCAGACAACAACACGCUGCCGCCUGAUCUUCGUGCCAAGCUCAUCGCAGAGCCCGGUGUCGUAAAUGGCGACGCCCGGAUCCUCCCACCUGAUGAGUUUGGAUACCCCAAGGGCAAGGGCCGAUGGGCUUCAUGUAUCAGUGUCAUCGAUCCGUUAUCUGAGGAGCAACGGGUUUUGCAAACCGUUGACCUCGACAACAACGAAGCAGCCGUCAGUGCUGCGAUAGUAUCUUUUGCUAGCCAGGACAAUGAAAGUUUCCUGAUUGUCGGCACAGGCAAGGACAUGAUUGUCAAUCCCCGCCAGUUCUCCGAGGGUUACAUCCACGUCUACCGUUUCAGCGAAGAUGGCCACGAGCUGGAAUUUAUUCACAAGACCAAGGUCGAGGAGCCCCCAUCUGCACUUCUGGGUUUCCAAGGAAGGCUGCUUGCCGGUAUCGGCCAGACCCUGAGGAUAUACGACCUAGGCCUGAGGCAGAUGCUCAGAAAGGCCCAAGCCGACGUAGCACCGCAGCUGAUUGUGUCGCUGAGCACACAAGGAAGUCGUAUCAUUGUUGGUGACGUCCAGCACGGAAUCACCUACGUUGUUUACAAGCCCACCACCAACAAGCUUAUUCCCUUCGUCGACGAUACCAUCUCCAGAUGGGUCACGUGCACGACCAUGGUGGACUACGAAUCGGUUGUUGGAGGCGACAAGUUUGGCAACAUAUUUCUCGUCCGCUGUCCGGAGAAGGCGAGCCAGGAAGCCGAUGAAGAGUCGGGCGGUCUGCACCUUCUUAACACGAGGGACUACCUCCAUGGCACCCCCCACCGCCUCAGCCUCCUCGGCCAUUCAUACACCCAGGACGUGCCGACCAGCAUUACAAAGACGAGUCUGGUCGUCGGUGGCCAGGAUGUGCUUCUCUGGAGCGGCAUCAACGGCACCAUCGGUGUCUUCAUCCCCUUUGUCACGCGCGAGGACGUCGACUUUUUCCAGAACCUCGAGCAGCACAUGCGCACCGAGGACGCGCCGCUCGCCGGCAGGGAUCACCUCAUGUACCGCAGCUACUACGUCCCCGUUAAGGGCGUCAUCGACGGUGACCUGUGCGAGAGGUACACUCUUCUGCCUAGUGAAAAGAAGCAGAUGAUCGCUGGUGAGCUGGACCGCUCGGUGCGGGAGAUUGAGAGGAAGAUCUCAGACAUCCGUACGCGGUCCGCCUUUUAA